AUGGCGUCUGUGGUAUCAGAAGAUGAAAAUUCUGAUGACAAUUUUUCAGAUUUUUCCCAAUAUUCCUUAGCGUGGGAAGAAAAUAUGUGUGAAAGAAGUGAGAAUGAUUUUGUGAAAUUAAUCGGAAAUACAAAACCUAGUAAUGUAACCACUAAUAUUUUUAAUAGACAGUUAUAUGGACGUUUUGCCAAAACUCCUAGAGCAAAGACUGAAAGAAUAUUUGAUAAUAUCCACACAAAAUGCAGAUUUGCCUUAAAUUCACUUAUUAAGGACCCAGAUGCAUAUAGUCAUAUAUUUAUGGGCUUUACAAUGUGUGGACAAUAUUUUUUAAGUUAUACUGAAAAAAUGUAUGAGGAUUUGGGACCUUUAAAUUUUAACACUACCUACGAAUAUGAAUUAUAUUUAUGGAAGUUUAUUCCCGGACAGAAACUUAUUUGUUUUUCUAAACACAAAAUUUUUAAGCACCUUAAAGGCUCUGAAGUAUUAGACAAAAUAAUGUUUAUGCAAUUCCCAAAAGACAUGUAUAAGAUUGUAUGUUAUGGAUUAGCGGCCACAAAUCCAGAUUUAGUUUAUAUUUCUAUUUUAACUAUACCAUCACCAAAAAGCUGUAAACAUUGCAAUGGAAAUUUUUUGCCUUGUGAUGAAUCUGUGAAUCAGGGAUGGUGUGUAAAACAUGGAUUUAUAAUUCACUACAUGUUGUCAAUGUCCCAACCAACUCCUACAUUUGACCCUAACAUUUCCCUGGCAUACCCAAACCACUUAGUAAUUAACACGGGCCAUCACAUACACAUUUUGAAUGUAUCAACCUCUGAACCGCCUCAAGUGUAUGUAUCUUUACAAAAUUUGAAAGACGAAGACUUAAAAUUAACGUCACAGACACCUACACACACUUUUAAUGAUACAUUGAGCGAGGUCUCUGAAUCGCCUAGCGAACAUUUCGGUUCAAGUAGCAUAGUUGAUGCCAUAUUAGAAGACUUUAGUGAGUAUGAUUUAGAAUCUAGUGAAUGUAAUAAGCCAUUUCACGAGUUAAAUAUAAGUUGUGAACCCCUUAAUGUUACUGGUAAAAGUUAUCACAAUACUCUAGUUCAAAACAUUGUAGAUCCGCGAUUAAAACGGUUACAGACUACUAGUAAAGAUUAUUUAUUUUCUGUACCUCAAGGUUCGGGUGGACAAAAACCUGUUGAAAAGACUAAAAUCGAUAAGAAAAUAGCCGAAAAAGCAUACGAGUUCAUUGAAGAAAAUGAAAAGUAUGAAAAAAUUAGUUCGUUUAGAAAAAAGAGACUAGCUGAAAAGAAGUAUGAAUUUUCAGAGGAUAACAGCGAAAACAUUGUACCUUUCAAUUCACUACGCCGCGAACGUAGGUAUUUGUACAGGUCGCAGAAUCGUUGCAUUCGCUCGCCUGAUUUUAACUCAUUAUUUUUAAGCCCUAGAUCAUCGGGUUUACGUUCCCCCAUGCAAUCUCCUAACUCCCGUAAUGGUCAAUUCUCCCCGAGUGGUGCUCGAAACCUAUAUUGCCCUUCAGUCCGGAACUCACCCCAUCAUUCCAAGUCCCCCAUCAGUCCUAAAGAUUCGGCUAGAAAAUUUUACGUGUACUCCCCAAGCUUGGACAGCGAUUGUUCAGAUUCUGAUUCUAGACUGAUAUUAAGGACGUCCAACAUUUCUACCUCAAUUGAUAAUCGAUUUAAUUCUAACGGGUUACUUAUAGUGGACCCCAAAAUGGAUACGCCUAAAUGGAUCAAGAAAGUCGUUCGCAGGUAUUCCAAUGGAGACUUUGAGAACAGUUCUUUGGUUUCUGGACAGAGCAGAGAUGACUACAAUAUUCCGAUAGAAAUACCACUACUAGUGCAAAGUUUGACGGAACAGCACUUGGAUGUCAUCCCAGAAUCCAGAGUGGACCAAGUAACUGAAAUGCAACUAAUAGUAACACAGAGAUCGUUUGACUGUGAACAGUUUGUCCAGAGAAGAGCCCAAAAAUUGUGUUCAGAAGCUCAUCUUGAAUUCUUGCACUGUGACGAUUACGAUAUUAAAAUCAUUCACAUUUGUCCUGUAAACGGGCAUAUAAUUUGCCAGGCUGUAAUAAAAAUAGGUGCUCUGAAGAAGAUGGAACCUUACGGGAAACCAGAAAACUUCACGGCUAGUUUUCUAUUCACGUGGAGUAUUGAAACAGACGCUUUUGACGUAAUCGAGCUUAAAGAACCAACAAAACUAUUGCCUUCUAACGAACCUCAAGAAAAGCUGCUAUAUGAAAUUCCUAAAAACAAUUUUAGUAACGUCCUCAUAAUGGACUAUUAUUACACCACAUCGAAAUCAAGUCUCAGGGAUUAUAACAAUUAUUACGAAGUUUGUUUAGGAUCUGCAAAUAUACCUACUAGGUCACAUAUGACCGUAGAAUACUCGAGUGAUAGUGACUGAAUAUUUCGACAUGUUUUAUUUAUUUCUCGAUUUUUUAGUUAAGUCGAAAAUAGGUUUUGUUUAAUUUUUUUAUAUUAAAGUGAAUUAUUAUUAUAAUGAAACACCUAAACUCAGUUGUAUGAAUUUGUAUAUUUGAUUACAUACAGUAAU